GAAAGAUCCCGAGACUCAAACACAAGUCUUAUAUUAUAAAGGAAAGAAAGAAAAACUUUCCUAAUUGGAUCAUACCAAAGUCUGAGCUCUUCUUUAUCUCUCUUCUUAUAAUUUCUUGUUUUGUUUGGUUCUUUUAGAGGAAAUAGUUCCUUUAAAAGGGAUAAAAAUGGGAAGGGGUAGGGUUCAGUUGAAGAGGAUAGAAAACAAGAUCAAUAGACAAGUGACAUUCUCGAAAAGAAGAGCUGGUCUUAUGAAGAAAGCUCAUGAGAUCUCUGUUCUGUGUGAUGCUGAAGUUGCGCUUGUUGUCUUCUCCCAUAAGGGGAAACUCUUUGAAUACUCCACUGAUUCUUGUAUGGAGAAGAUACUUGAACGCUAUGAGAGAUACUCUUACGCCGAGAGACAGCUUAUAGCACCUGAGUCCGACUCCAAUACGAACUGGUCGAUGGAGUAUAAUAGGCUUAAGGCUAAGAUUGAGCUUUUGGAGAGAAACCAGAGGCACUAUCUUGGGGAAGACUUGCAAGCAAUGAGCCCUAAGGAACUCCAGAAUCUAGAGCAACAGCUUGAUACUGCUCUUAAGCACAUCCGCUCUAGAAAAAACCAACUUAUGUACGACUCCAUCAAUGAGCUCCAAAGAAAGGAGAAAGCCAUACAGGAACAAAACAGCAUGCUUUCCAAGCAGAUUAAGGAGAGGGAAAACGUUCUUAGGGCGCAACAAGAGCAAUGGGACGAGCAGAACCAUGGCCAUAAUAUGCCUCCGCCUCCACCCCCGCAGCAGCAUCAAAUCCAGCAUCCUUACAUGCUCUCUCAUCAGCCAUCUCCUUUUCUCAACAUGGGGGGGCUGUAUCAAGAAGAAGAUCAAAUGGCAAUGAGGAGGAACGAUCUCGAUCUGUCUCUUGAACCCGUUUACAACUGCAACCUUGGCUGCUUUGCCGCAUGAAGCAAUUCAAUAAUAAUAUUUAUAAUCAUCAAUAAUAAAACAAUAUGCGCUACAUAUGUAUUUUGGCGAGCCCUUCUUAUCCAACUAAUUAAUAUAUGUGGGCAAGCUCUAUGUUCAUAUAAUUAGCAAGUUUCUAUUUUGUCUCUUUUUAUAUAUCUUUCUCAAGUUCUUUUGCUUCAGUAUGUGGCAAAAUUGUAAUAUCUCAUAUUUCAAUAUCUGAAUUUAUAUUAUUGAACCUUCUAAUAAA